AUGGCAGAUAAUGAUCUCGCGUUCAACGUGUCUCAUUCAAACUCGUUCCAGGCGUUUGUGGACGCGGCCGUCAACUUCGCGAAGCCAUACACUCUUCCCACACCCUACCGAGUCUCGGGCCCGCUGCUUGCCAAACUCAGGGCUGAUACGGAAGCCCUCGUUCAGCCGCUCAAGGACUCUUGGAACACGAGCGGGUGCUCCCUCUCGGUGGACGGGUGGACGUGCAUCAAGUCACGAGGCAUGGUGUGCGUCAUCGCGCUUAACGACACGGCACCCGUCAUUGUUGAGGUCGUGGACUCAAAGACUGCAAAAAAGACCGGAGCGUACCUGGCGGGACUUAUUGGCGAUGCGAUCCGCUCUGUGGGAGGCCAUCACGUCGUCCAAGUCGUGAUGGACAACGCGUCCAACAACAAGCGUGCGGCCGAGUUGCUGAAACCCGAAGUUCCCCAUGUGUUCUUCACGAAUUGCGCCGCGCAUGUGUUGGACCUCAUGUUGCACGAUUGCGGGAAGGUUCGGGCGGUGAGACGCGUUCUAGCCCAAGUACACCGCGUGGUUAUGAUGGUGAAGGGCAGCGCCUCCGCGGUUGUGCUUUUCCGCACACUCUUCACGAAGUUGUCGUUGGUCCGGCCCGGUGCAACGCGUUUUGGGACCCAAGUGAUCAUGGUCGGCCGCUUCUUGGAAGUGAAGAGGGCGCUUAAGGCGAUGGUGAUUAGCGAGGAGUGGGAGCAGGUGGCGGUGGCACGGUCGAAAGAGGGGCAAGCGGUCCGCACGCUCCUACUUGAUGAUGUGUUUUGGGAGCUCGUUGUCGCAGUCCAGCGCCUCAUGACUCCGGUCUAUGAGGUGCUUCGGGCUGUUGACAAACGCUCUCUACUCAUGGGGCAGAUAUAUGGCCUCAUGUUAGAGGCCACUGUCAAAACGAACGAGGCUGCAGAGGCGGCAGGCCGUCCUUCUUGGCAACCAUCAAGGCAAUCGUGGCCAAGAGACCGAGCAGCGGCAGCAGCGGCGCUGGAGUUGAAAGAAGAUGGACCAGAUGCGGAGCUCACAGGGGUGCUGCAGGCUCGACUGGACCGCAUCGAGUCGUUUCCCUCGGCCGCUGGCGCCAUGCAUGGUGCCGCGGUCGAUGGGGCGCCGCUGCUGUCUCCGGGUGGGGUGAGCCAGAAUGGAGGUGCGGGAGGAGCGUGUGGUGUUAUCAGCCCGAGGGCGCAAGUGGCGAGGGAAGCACGGAGUGGUGGUGCUGCUGGGUCAGGGUCUGGAGCUGUGUUCAAGGGUAACAGUGGGAAGCCGGCUGUGGAUGGGGGCGGCAGUGCAAUGGGUUCGACGCGGUCGAGCAGGAUAGAGAGCGGUGGGCCGAAUGAUGAGCUGGCUGGGCGGCUUCGAGCUCGAAUCGAUAAGAUUGAGACGGGGCCGAAAUGUGAUGACCUGAAUGCUCACAAGUGA